GUGGAGCUUGGUUGGAUUAAAGCGCCUCAAUGGGAACAACCAUAGACAUCUAUGGGAAAAACCGUUCAAUGUGAUUCCUCAAAUGACCUGUCGAGAGCAGUAACGCGCUUUUCUGCGGCUAGUCUGCUGCAAAUGUCAUCAGAAGAAGAAAACAGCUAGCGCUAGCUCCAUUAUUUGACUGACCACCACGUCGGUGUAGAAGGAAAACAAAACUCGGCCGAACCAUCCUGUUCCGAAACGGAGCCUUUAAAAUGGCAGGCGAGGAGGAACGGGGGGUGGUUCGUGUCAAAGUCAAGAAAUGUGAUGGGGUGCUACCGGUGGAGUUUCGCUCUUUUGCUGUUGAUCCUCAGAUAACAUCGCUGGAGGUCUUGCAGCACAUACUAAUCAGAGCCUUUGAUUUGAACGGGAAGCGGAAUUUCAACAUCAGCUACCUGUCUCGAGAUCGGAGUGGUGCUGACGUGUAUCUGUCGCUGGUGUCUGACUGGGAUUUGGACGUUGCGUUUGUCAGUGCAGCCAAACCACAUCUGCAGCUCAAGAUUGACAUAAAGCCUUCUGAAGAGAGCCCUGUUAUGGAGGACUGGGAUAUCAUCAGCCCCAAAGACGUGAUUGGCUCUGAGCAGCUUCUCACAGAGAGGACUAGGUCUUUGGCAUCUGCAGCUCUACCCUUCACCCAGUCUCUACUCUCCCAGGUGGGCCGGACCCUGUCUAGAGUCCAGCAGGCCUUCAGCUGGUCUUAUGGGGAGGAGAUCAAGCCUUUCAAGCCUCCACUGAGUGACGCUGAGUUCCAUAGUUACCUUAAUGGACAGGGCCAGUUGACUCGACCCGAGGAACUGCGACUGCGAAUCUACCAUGGUGGUGUGGAACCUUCGCUACGCAAGGUGGUUUGGCGAUACCUCCUGAAUGUCUACCCUGAUGGACUGAGUGGACAGGAAAGAAUGGACUACAUGAAGAGGAAGACGAGGGAGUAUGACCAGCUGAAGAAAGAGUGGACAGCCCGGGUCAGUCACGAGGACCUUGAAUUUAUUCGUGGGAAUGUUCUGAAAGACGUACUGAGGACGGACCGGGCUCAUCCGUACUAUGCAGGCUCAGAGGACAGUCCACAUUUGACCGCCCUCACUGAUCUGCUCACCACAUUUGCCAUCACGCAUCCACAGAUAUCGUACUGUCAAGGCAUGAGUGAUAUUGCCUCCCCUAUACUUGCGGUAAUGGACAACGAGGCUCAUGCUUUCAUUUGCUUUUGUGGCAUUAUGAAACGCUUGGAGGGAAACUUUCGGCCAGAUGGACAGCUCAUGUCUAUCAAGUUCCAGCAUCUAAAGCUGCUUCUGCAGUACUCGGAUCCGGAAUUCUACUCCUACCUGGUGUCCCGAGGAGCCGAUGACCUCUUCUUUUGUUAUCGUUGGCUACUCCUGGAGCUGAAGCGGGAGUUUGCAUUUGAUGAUGCCCUGAGGAUGCUGGAGGUGACCUGGAGCUCUCUUCCCCCAGAUCCUCCUGAAACUGAAGUGGAGCUUCUGGGACUGCCACUGGAGACCAACGAGCAAAUGUCAUGCAGAGAUAAGGAGGACACCGUUGAGAACUGCCUUAGAGAUGAUAAUGAACAAAAAGAAAAGCAGCGUAGACGACAUAUGCUGAGGCCUUCGAGAGAAGAACCAGAUGUUAUAAGAAAUGCUGUCACAGAAGAGAAAGACAGGCAGAAUGUGGGCCCUUCAAAGGAAAGUGCUGGUGGCGAAUGUGAUACUCCACAGCUGACCACGGAAAAGGGGGAUUUGAAGGGUUGCCCUUUUGAAAGGCAAACUAGUUUUGGAGAGUUUAAAUACUUCACAGCCCGAAAUGAAGACAGCUUUGAUAUGGAGGAUGCUAAACAGCCACAGGGAUCGGUGCCGUCAGAGGCAGUACCAAAAAUUCCAAGGCGCCAGUCCACAAUCGACAGUGACGAGGACCCAGGAGAAAGAACACCUCUCAUUAAAACCUGUGACAAUGGUUUCUCUCUGGUGUCUUCUCCUCCCUUCUCUAGUGGCCUUCCAAACUGGAAGGCUGUCUCUCCUACGUCUUCAGCUUCACCCUCCAGCUGGCCAGGUGCUUCUCCGGACUCUCUUCAGAAAUCCACAUCCACAUCUACAACUAAUGGAUGUCAGGCCUUACCAAAAACUGUCCCCAAAGCAGUGGCUUCUUCUUCCCAAGUGUAUAGCGGUACAGGGAUCAGCUCACCAGGAGCCCCGACUGUAAAAACAUCUGUUCCAUCUCCCUCUCACACUAAUAAUAGAUUGCUGCUCUCUUCGCCCAUUUUGUCCUUUGCAAAAGGACCCUCACUGUCUGGCAGCAGGUUGUCUUCCAACAAUCUUCCUUCACCUGGAAACAAAUCCCCCGGCGCCACAGACGACACGUCGAGUUCUGUAAAAGCUGAGAGCACCAGCAUCAAACCGUGUUCUUUGCCGCCUCCUCAAGAGUUUGGCAAAGGCAAUCCUUUCAUGCUGUUUCUGUGCCUGUCUAUCCUGCUGGAACACCGAGACCACAUCAUUAAGAACAGCUUGGAUUACAACGAGCUAGCUAUGCACUUUGAUCGCCUCGUGCGACGCCACAACCUGAGCAGGGUGCUCCAGCGAGCCAAGGCCUUAUUUGCAGACUACUUGCAAAGUGAAGUUUGGGACUCUGAAGAGGGGGAUGAGGUUAGCUCAGACUCUCCAACGACAGCUACAGCUGCUCAGCACUCCCCUUCUUUAACCGUUUCUCCCCGGCCCAUCUACAGCCCGCUAGCAUCGCCGCAGCCAUCAUCUCUGAACUCAACCUAUAACCUUACAACCACCAUUCCCUCCCUAGCAGCUCAAGUUUCCCUUUCCCCAACUUUCUGAUUCUGUCGUACAUUACCGACUUCCAAACCUCAGUGAACUCCUGAGUAGAGUGUUGGUGGCCUGUUAGAGGUGACAGAACUUUGCUGUUUAAAAUUGUCUCACUGUAUAUGCCUGAAUACAUAUAUUCCAUAUGUCUGUAGUCAUAAUAUUUUAUUUAUUCUGUUGUCUGUCCUUAAAGUGGAGAUGAAAGAACUUCAUCUCUCAUUUUAUCCUCUGAGGUUGCUGAUGCAUGAAAUGUUAAACUCUGUGAUUCAGGCUUUUGACGGUUAGCCGGUGUGGCUUUCUGCCUUUAAAUGGAACCCACAAUGGUUUAGCCGCUUGGUGCAUUUAGCCUGUGUUGCCCUUUUUUUUUAUUAUCUUUUAUUUCAAGCUCAUGUUCUGUCCAAAAAGCCACACAAGUGUCUUAACUAAAGCACUAGAGCUACAGCUACAUUCUGUACAAACUUGAAGGAAAAUCAAGGUAAAAGUGCUCAGAAACGGCUUUGACAGAAACACGACUUGUUAGUCAAGGCUUUAUUUGAAGGCUGUGUCUUUUCUUUUACUCAUCCAAAGUGCUUUAUUUUUGGAUUUAAUGGUGAAGGAGUAACACCCAGAGAGGCGUUUAAGCAGAAUAAUGUUGCAGUGGCCCAUACAUUCCGCCUCACAUAUUAAUUAAUACCAUCUAUGCUGUAUGAUGAGAAGCCAGAAUUAUUGUUUUUUUUUUUUUUUCGCACUUAAUCUUGUUGCCAUGAACACACUCUGCCAUCAGCAAAAACAAAAAUCUCAAUGUUUAAUCUUCCUAAAUGCAGCGCUCGAUUUAGACGGUCGCCAGGUCACCGCGACGCCGAGAAUCAUGGCAGGUUGAUGACAUCAUGCAAAGUGGCUGCCUCCAUGAAGAAAACAUGAUAGGUGGUUCAGCUCGAUUGAGCGCUCGAUUUCGACGGUCGCCAGGUCACCAUUUGCGACUAAAAACGUCGCAAAUGGCGACCUGGCGACCGUCUAAAUCGAGCCCUGUAAAUGGCCUAUUGCUUCUGUAAAACAGUGGUUCUAUAAUUAACAUUUUAUCCCAAGUGCAAUAGCUAAGUAAUUCUUAUAUAGUUACAAGUGUAUUUUUAAAAAAUAUAUUUUUAAAUGCAACUCAGCCUGUACUAAGGUCUGGCACCUUAGCAACAGAUGAAGCUUGUUAUGUUUUCAGUUCCUUCCAAAAUGGUUUCAGACCCAUUCACUGCUACAUAUCAAAGAUUUCUGUAAUGAAAUCAUGACAAGGCUGCUCAUCAUAUUGGGUUGAUGAUGUCACACAAAGCUGUGAUGUCAUCCUAUGUAACCACAUUAUGCUAAAAAAAAAAAUGUGGCUAGAAUACUGUAGAGAUCAGUGUGGUGUCGGUCUGCAUUGUACAAAUCCCAAUCUGCUGAUCCUCCUUGUGCUGGAUACUUUUAAACUACAACAAACAAUAGUAGGAUGAUUACUGUACAAUUUGUUCUGCUUUGGAGGGUCCUUUAGUAACGUCUCAGUUUAGCACUUUGUUUAUUGCUGCUACCCAAAAAGCUGUCCUUUUGCCAUCUUUCUGUAUUCAGGUUUCAAAGAAACAUGGGAAUAUUUAUCUGAAUUAGUGAAAUUUAAUAUGUGACUACUAUAUGUUGUUUGUGAUGAGAAAGUGUAUACAGAAUAUUUACCAUUGUUUUUUUGUUUUUUUUAGUGUGACAGACCUCAUGUUAUGACAAUAGAAUAUGAUUUAAUGCCACUUGUCAUGUCCAGUUACAGAAGAUAUUAGCCGGUGUGCAACUUUUUGGCAGAGAAGUGCCUCAUAUUGUUUGAAUCAGUAGCCUUGAUUUAUUUUUUUCUUUUGUGCUCUUACCAUCUGUCUGCAAUGUGAUAUUGUACAGGCUGAGUAAUAUUUAAAUUAAAUAAUGAAUUGACAGACAUUGUUCAGAUGUGGGUUACAGCUAGUGAGCUGUAACUCCCCUCUGGUGGAUUUUAAGCAGAGUCCAAUGCCAUUUUAAAGCAUCUAACCAAUUUCAAUUCAGUCGGUUCAGUCGAAAUUAGACAGAACCGUCCCUGUAAAAAGCAUUCGCCCCCUUUAGAUGUUUUCCCGUUAUGUUGUUUUGUAACAAUGAGUCAUGAUCAAUUUAAUUUGACUUUUUUGAUGAGGAUUUAUGCAAAACCAGCUCUCUCAUGUCAAAGGGAAAACAGAUUUCUAUAAAGUAGUAUCAGUUAAUAUAAAAUUAAAUAGAAAAUGUAUUAUAUGUCAGUAUUCGCCUCCUUUAAAAUGACCUAAUUCAAAAUACGUCCUGUGUAUGAGUCCCAGAAGUUUUUUUUGUCUUGCAGCUCGAUCAAGUACCUGCCUGUCAGGUUCAGUGUGUGUUUUGUUAUAGAAUACCAAAUGCAAUCUUUUUUUUUUCUGCCAAACAAAUCUACCCACAGGUAUAAAUAUAGUAACUUUGAAUCUUGAACCUGAAGUCCAGGUAACUGAUGAUAGAAGUCACACAACUGGGGAAGUAGAGAUCAUCUCAGCAUGGUUAAUGUGUCUAAAGUGACUGUAGUUUGAAGAUGCCUGUGCCUGGAAAGUCCGGUUGUUUGUGUAUCAGUGCUCCUUGCUAUAACAACACCAUGAAGACAAAAACACUCCAAGCAACUCUGUGAAAACGUUACUGAAAAACAUAAGUCCUGGGAUGGUUACAAUCUUUUUUUUUUUUUAUGUCACUGAAUAUCCCUAGAAGUACGGUUAAGUCCAUCAGUAAGAAAUAAAAGGAAUAUGUGUAAAUCUGAAUCGAGAUAAUCAAAAACCUGAGUGACCAUACAUGAAAGAGAAGAGGGAGGAGGCCACCAAGACACCUGUGACUCCUCCCAAGGAGUUACAAGCUUCAGCUGCUGAGAUUGGAGAUACUGUGCAUACAGCGAGUGUUGUGGUUCUUCAACAGUCAAAACUUUAUUAAGAGACACUGUUAAUAAAAAGCUCACAUUAAAUCUCUAGGCAGCAGUCCCUGAAAUGCUUGUAAAUUCUAGAGAGAGAAAUCCUGGAGGACAGCCUGAUGCAGUCUGCAAGACAACUGUGCCUCAAGAGAAGAGUUGCUUUUUUUUUUUGGAAACAACAAGAUCAUUGUUCUGAAAUGGCCGAAUCAGAGUCCAGACCUCAGUCUAACUCUGAACUUGUGGCUGGACCUGAAAGGGUUGUUCACUCGCGAUCACAGCGUAACCUAACCAAACUUUAGCAGUUAUCCAAAGAAGAAAGGUGCAAAAUUACAGUAUUCAGAUUUACAACAGCCAUAGAUGGUUUCACUAAAUGCUGACUUUAAUGAGCACUUCAAUAAUCACUUUUUUUCAUUUUAUGUUUUAAUUAAUUGACAUUACUUUGUCGAAGUCUGGUUUUGACGUGAGCAUUCUUUUUUUUUGGUAAAUUCUUGUGAUAAAAGGCUAAUUAUAUUGACCGUGAUUCAAUGUUGAAAAGCAAUAACAGUGAAAAACCUAUAAAGGGGGUGAAUACUUUUCAUAGGCACUGAACAUAGCAUAUGAUAAAUUCAGUGUAAGAUCCUAAGUUGCUUAGUGGCUGAAUUUGAAUCUACAGAGUAUUUUUUUUAUUAUUGUUCCAAAAUAUUAUUAUUUUUUCUUGUUAGACAUAAGUGUCCAAUCUUGAAGAAUAAUAUUUUAUCGCCUUAUGGAAUUAGAAGGGCACUCAGAAAGUGCAGACCUCCUCUAAGGCCAAUGACCUUAAUUCGCAAUUUUAAAGAAACCGGUCUGCACGUAGAUGCUCAGGUCUUGUGGAAACAUGUUGUUUUUUAUUUGUCUGUAUUCAAUUUAUCAAAACAUUGACAUUCUUCAGCUAAAUUUGGUGUGCAUCCUGAUAAAGACUGAAUUUAUGUGUAUGGCUGAAACAUCACAAAGAAAAUAGGAAAUCUAAAAGAUGCACCUCCUGUGCCAUUUUACUUAAAUGUGGUUCAUAUGAUCUAGAAAAAGGUAACCCUGCUGAUUCUUAUCCAGCUGGAAUGGUACCACACCGUAUUUAACAAUAAUUACAAGAGUCGAGAGUUGAAAUUGUGGUUAGCAUCUAUAUGUUGCAAUGGGGCAAUAGAUUUGAUUCAGUUAAAUUCAGUAUAAUUCAGUUUUAUUUAUAUAGGACCAACACACAAUAUACAUCAUCUCAAGGCAUUUCAUAUAGUAAAGUGAAGACCUUACAAAUUAUAUACAUAGAAACCCACCACAUCUAAAGUUUCCUUUAGAUUCCCCUUGAGCAAAAACUUGGCAACAGUAGGCAAAAAAACUCUCCUUUAUCAGGAAGGAAAAAAGACCUCCUGCAGAACCAGGCUAAGGCCAGGUGGGGAGAGAGAACAGGACAGCAGAAGGAGAACAGACAAACAAUGCAUAGGAAGAACACUAAACACAUUGGAGGUUGGUGAGGCUAGUAACUGCAGAUCAGAAAUGUGUAGCUCCAGAUCCAGAGAUACCUGCAGAGAGGACACAAAGGUAGUGACAUCAAUUCAUGGAAAUCUUUCAUUUGGUUAACGCUGUGCUCUGCCGUGACCGGUGAAUGCGUUCAGACUGUAAGUGAUGUCUGUUAUGCACUGACUGAGGUUGGAUAUCCAUAAUGUUCAUAUGAUGUCCUUAUCUAAAAUCAUAUUCAUGUAACCAUUCUUUUAAAAACAAAUCUAAAAAUGAGACAUUUGUAUCGAAAUGACGAUGAAAAUGCUGCACUUUGCAUGUUUCGCUUUAGAGCUCAUUGCUCUGACAAUGCUUCCUAUUACUAUUUUUAGCAAAUUUACCAAAAAUAAAAUCCAGUUAUAUGUAUAACCGUAAACUUUCUAAUUAGAACAGACGCCCUGUUGACGUAUGAAGAUCAGGGCCAAGAUUUUCUAGUAGUCCACAAACACACACGGGUUAUUGUUGAUGUUGUGGACCUCAGCACAGUGCAGAUGUGUGGGAACAUUUAGGGAAUUGUGGGCAGCUGAACAAAGUUAAGGAGUAUAUCUUGCUUUGGUAAAAGUUUGCUUGUUUCUUCUCAGAGCUGUUUACCGUUCACAUUUUUUAUUCUUGGUUUUACUGGCUCAUAUUCCAUGUUCUCAGCAGUCUGUAAAGCAGAAGUGAUGGCUCCACCUCAAAUAGGGAAAUACGUUUUUUAGGAGUGUCUGUUUUAGGCAGAAACUAAAACAGUUGUGACACCUUUAGAAAGAUCCUUUUUAUCGUUGGUAUUACAUUUUGGUUUGCCUCCAUUUGUAUAGCAGUAUUUGUUUAUAUACUUAAAACAAAGAAAAAUAAUUGGAGUGGCUAGCCUUUGAGCUAGCAAUAUGUGCAUUUGUUAAAAAAAGAUUUGUUUAUCUCUUAUAUAUGUGCACAAGCGUUAAGCCUUUUAAUGAUACAACACACAACAAUGUUAAUGAUUGUAUAGAUGACACAAAUAAAUAAUAGUCAAUGAAACUGA